AUGGGCGGGGCUGCACCGGGACGGUCCCUGAGGCCCCUCACAAGCCCCGCCCAGCGGCGGCGGCGCGCAGGGCUCGCGGCGGCGCUGCGUCACGGGCUGCGCGCGCGGCCAUUGGCUGUGGCGGCCGCUGCCCCGCCCCCCGCGCCCCGCCGCGCAUGUCGCAGCCGCUGCGCGCCCUUGUCGUGUGAAACUCGGCCCAAAAUGGCGGCGGCGGCCGGCAGGGGCGCCGAGGUGGCGAUGGUUGUGGCGGCCAGGCUGCAGGGGGCGGAGGGAGAGGAGGAGACGGCGGCGGCCGCGGCGGCGCCGGCUGAUGAGGAGGACGGGGAGGAAGACGGCGGCGGCGCGGGCAAAGUGGCGGGUGCUGCGGCUGCAGCCGGCGGGGAGGCUGGCGGCGGCGGCGAGAGCGAGGAGGACGAGGAGGAGGAGGGGGAGGACGUGUUCGAGGUGGAGAAGAUCCUUGACGUGAAGACCGAGGGGGGUAAAACUCUCUAUAAAGUCCGGUGGAAAGGAUACACCUCUGAUGAUGAUACCUGGGAACCUGAGAUUCACUUGGAAGACUGCAAAGAAGUGCUUCUUGAAUUCAGAAAAAAUAAUAAGCCUAAACCUGUUAAAAAAGACUUACAGAAACCAUCUCUAAAUGAUGAUAUAUUUGAAGCAGAGUCUGACAGUGACUGGCAAAGUGAAACAAAAGAUGAUGUUUCACCAAAGAAGAAAAAGAAGAAGUCAAAAGAAGGAGAGGAUAAAAGUCCAGAUGACCCGAAGAAGAAAAAAUCUAAGUCUGCAAAACUCAAGGAAAAACCCAGAACAGAAUGUGAAAAUUCCUCAGACACUUUGGUUUUAGAUUUAAAGCCAAAAAAAAGGACUUUAGAAACUAAGGAGGAUUCAAAGGACUCAAAGAAGCAAAGGAAAGAAGAUACUAAAGAAAUCAAGAAAAAGAAGGGAGAAGUUAAAGAUUUAAAAAUAAAAUCUAAAGAAGAUUCUAAAGAAAAUAAAAAAUCACAGGAGAAGCAUGGUGAUAUUCAGUUUGACUCGGAAUCAAGCACUAUAGAUGAUUCAAUUUAUCAAGGAACUGAUAAUGAAAAUUCAGACAUAAAUUCUGAAAAUAAAGACGAGCAACAAAAGGUAGUAAGUGGAGAAGAGAGAUUGGAACAAGAAACUGAUGAAAGAUGUGCCAUUACUGAUAAAUAUCUUGAUGGAUCAGCUAGUAAUGAAGAUGAUAGUAUUGAUACUAGGGCUAAAAGAAAGAAGAAAAAAAUUCAGAAAGCAGAAGACUGUAGAGAAGAAGAUGGAAAAGCAGAAAUUCAGGAUACUCAUUUAGAGAAGAAGAGCAUGCACAAAAAGCAAACAGGUCAAGAAAAAGUACCGGGAGAGCUGGAGAAAGUGUCACCUGCUGGUUCACCAGUGCAGAAGGGUUUGAAACUGAGCACUGAUGAGAGGGUGUGCAAGCCCACUGAUUCCCCUGGGGAGUCUCAGGAAAAAGAAGUAAAGAAGACCGAAAUUAAAGAAAAAUCUCAAAAAAAAGAGCCUGAAAAAGAAGAAAAAAACAGGAAAGAGCAGAAAGUCCUAAAAAAUGGCAAGCACCAAGUCCUGAGUUUGGGCAUGGACAUGCAGUUAGAGUGGCUGACCCUAGAAGAGUUCCAGAAGCAUCUUGAUGGAGAAGAUGAGAAUCAUGUAUCAACAGAACCAAUAUCAAGUACCCUUCUGAGAGAUGCUGUUAAAAGUGGAGACUACAUGACAGUGAAAAUGGCGCUUUCUUCAAAUGAGGAAUAUAAUUUGGAUCAAGAGGAUUCAAGUGGAAUGACCCUGGUAAUGCUUGCUGCUGCUGGAGGACACGACGACCUUCUGCGGGUGCUGAUCAGGAAAGGAGCUAAAGUUAAUGGCAGACAGAAAAAUGGAACAACUGCAUUGAUACAUGCAGCUGAAAAGAAUUUUUUAACAACAGUAGCUAUUCUUCUGGAAGCUGGAGCAUAUCUGAACAUGCAGCAGAGCAGUGGUGAGACUGCCUUAAUGAAGGCUUGUAAAAGAGGGAAUUCUGAUAUAGUGCGGCUCAUGAUUGAAAACGGAGCUGACUGCAACAUUUUGUCCAAGCAUCAGAACAGCGCCAUGCAUUUUGCUAAACAGAGCAAUAACGUAAUGGUGUAUGAGCAGCUCAGGAGCCACUUGGAAAUGCUCUCAAAAGUAGCAGAAGAUACCAUCAAGAUUUAUUUUGAAACUCGCCUUGCUUUGCUGGAGCCAGUGUUCCCAAUUGCGUGUCAUCGUCUCUGUGAAGGGCCAGACUUUUCUUUGGAUUUUUACUAUAAACCUCCACAAAAUGUGCCAGAAGGAUCUGGAUUUCUUCUCUUUGUUUUCCAUGCAAAUUUCCAUGGUAAACAAGUGGUUGCUCGGCUCUGUGGACCAUGCAGCGUACAAGCUGUGGUUUUAAAUGACAAAUUCCAGCUCCCUGUAUUUUUGAAUAGUCACUUUAUUUAUUCCUUCAGCCCUACUGCAGGCCUUAACAAGCUUUUCAUACGGUUGGCAGAAACUCCUACUGCUAAGGUAAAGCUGCUCAUAGGAGCUUACAGAGUGCAACUGCAGAGUGCAGACCUCUGAGCACGCUGACUGGACUGACACUUUUUUGGAUAUGCUUCUGAUUCCUCUGUUGAGAGAUCGACAAAGCAGUUUGGAAUUUUUUGGCACCAUACUCUGAAGACUCAAUUCCCAGCUUGCUGCCACUCGUUGGCAGUCACAGGAAGUGUGUGUUGGAGAGCAGCUGAAUACGCUGCACUGGUGGGACAGGGUUGUCAGCUUUUUUAACUUUGUACAGAUGUAGAUGUAAGUAUUUGUGCCAAUACAUAUAAUUCUGUUUUUCUUUAACAUGUGGAGUCAAGACUGCAUAUUUCAGCUUUUCCACAAUGUGGAAUGGUGCAUAUAAGAACUAUUUAAGGUAAUUACAUAAAUGUCUUUUUUAAAGAUCUUUUUCAUUUGUAAACUAAAGUUUUUACUUACUCUAACGUUUCUAUGUGAAACGCAGAACUGUCGUAUUAUUUGAGCCGUAGGCAGAAAUUACACUUUUAAAUGACUGCAUUAGGUUUAACCUUUAAGUUGCUGAGGGCUGUGUUCUGGUUUAAAACUGCUCCUGUUCCUGUCUCUCAAUGAUACACCAGUUGUGCUUAGAGUGAUUCCCUUUGAACUAACUAGUUCAGUCUGCAGGCAUGAACAAAGACAUUGAACAGGCUCAAUUCACAGAAGGGUGGCAGUCAGGUUCCCAGUUAAACAGCUGGUUAAACCUGCUUUGGUAUUAGGGAAGUUUUACAGCUGUCUUAAUUUUUGAGGUCUUAGGUGACAUCUGGAGAAACAAACACAAGCUGAAUAGCAAACCAGAAAACCUGUAGCAACCUUCAGUGUCUAGGCAGUGCUUUGUGUAGACAAGAAGACAGAAUUUCAGAUGUCCUCAGCCUGACAGAUGACAGAACACGUGUUGUCCUUUACUUCAGAAAUUAAGUUCCUCAGUGGAGAAAGCUGCUAUCUUUUUAUUAUUAUUAUUAUUUUAUUUAAAUGACCCAUUUUAUCAGAUGACAGCAAUUUUGUAACGGUCCUGUGCUGUAAAAUAUAAAUGUAAUACUUCUGCAUGUAGUAUAGAAUAUUUUUCUUUGUAAGUUAACCAACAUGUUGAAAGGUAGGAAAAACCAAACCAGAUCGUGCCUUUGCUGUUCUAGUUGUCACGUGUAGUUUACAUGCCACUAUGUGCCUGUAUUAUUAGCAAAACUAUUAUGCAUAAAUUCUUGAUAAUUUUGACUGCUCACCAUCAAAAUGGUGCAACUGUAUGAAGCAUCCUUUUAAGAACUGUGAUUUUUCUAAUAUUAAGUUCAAUUAACCAGUUUUUAAUUUUUGGUUCUUGAAGUUUUAAAACCUUUCAUACCUAAGAGAUGCUAUAUGAGUAAUAAAGGAAACCAAUUCUGUGGAAUGUCACAUUAAUAAUAUAAAACUAGAACAGCAUGACAUACAAAUACUCAUUUCUGUUUUGAUUUAGAAUAGUUAUGUUUUUGCACAAUAUUGAUGAAAUUUUAACAAAUCUGGGUUUUGAACAGACUUGAUACCUUCACCUCUCUGAAAUGUGUUAGAUACCUCACUUUGUUAAGUGUGAACAUCUGAAGUGCAUGAAAAGCACUGGCUGAGAAUCAGGUAUGUCACUGCCAGCACUUGGGACUGAAAGUUUAGUCACUGUGCAUAACCCUGGAUGAUGCGUAAGGAAAGGAGACACUCAUGUUUCCUUAUGCUGGAGUGUCAGGGUUCGUCUACAUGGCAGUAGUUACUCCAGCACAGGACCUGUGGCAGCACAGUGUGUGUGGGACAAGCUGCUCCAGGUAGAGAUAAAAGGUGUUUUGAACAAAUGUCCAAAUGAUAGAGAUGCUAUUUAGAAGCUGUUGUAUAUUCUAACCUAAAAAUGUCUAGUAAUGCUCCAAGAGUUGAUAGAGCAAGUAGUUUGUCAAAGGCUGUUGACUUAGGAGUUUUUUUGUUUAUCUUGAGGCAUUUGGGAGAGAGGGAGAACAUGGGAAUGAAAUCUGGGUUUCAUGAUGCUUUUACUAGGGAUGGAUAUUUUGCAGCCAUCUUUAUCUUUUAGUUGGCAGUAUAAAUUCAGAAUCCCUACUGAAGAUGUAUAAUAAGUGUAUGAAAAGCUGUUUGAAGCUGGGUUUUGUCUGGUUUUAUUGUAUGGUUUUUAUCCAAUUGAUGAAAAGGUUUUGGUGGAUAAAGGAUGAAGAGAAAGUAGCUACAAUAAAAAACAAUUCUUUAGGCACUGUGGAGAAAUACCAGUGAAGUACUUGCUCAGUUUCUUCUUGCUGCCACCACCAAGGGCUGCAGCUGCAGUUCCCAUGAACUGCAGUGGUAGCAAAUGGUUCUAAAUGCUCAGGGUCCUUACCUUCACUGCUCCAGCACCAGUACCCGCUGUUCCUGGCUUCUUUCGCAGGUGCUGAAGGUUGGUGGGUGAUGCAGCUGACCCUGUCACGGGUCUUCUGUGCUUUUCUACACCCAUUGGCAAAAACAAGAUGGGUUUUGAUCAGUCUGAAUUUUAAAAAGCUGUUCCAACAUGGGGAAGAGACAGCACAGCGUUCUGCUGCCCUCUUAGCCAGCCAGGACUGCUCCAAGUGCACAGAAGCUGUCCCAGAAUGUUCUGCUUGUCUGUCCCUGCUGUAAUUCUGUUUCCAUGUGCCUUUCCAUAGGGUACUGCCAGUGUAACAUGUCUUUUCUGAGCUUAGUCUGUUGAAGUGGUGGCUGCCCCGGCUCACAGGAGCAGUGACAACCCUGCAGGAUGCAUUCCUGUAGCAGUGUGUUUAGUUUUGCUGGAGUCCAUAAUGGAGUCUUAUCUUUUAACAAGGCAAGAGAACAAGGCCAUGUGUUCCUAAGCUACUGCAGCAUGCGCACGCACAGCAAGCCCAUCACUGAAUCCUGACACCUCAGAAUUCCUGUGUCCCAUGUAAAAAAAGGAAAAUUUUUUUAACCUUCUGCAUGUGUCUUAAAAUGUUUGAGUGAGGGACAAAGACAAGUUUGGAAAAAACUAUCUGAAAAAGACACCAAACAUUACAAAUGUGAGCAGAACUGAGCCAGCAUGAAAAAUUUUAAGUUAUAAAAGGGUCUCUAAAAUCUCAAAUACCUCAAGUAUAGCAGCCAGCAGGAAGGGACCAGGCAGGAGAUGAUUCUUUUUGAUUUCAAGUCACCUGUUUUUUCUACAGUGGUCUCAGCAGUCAUGCAUGGUAGCUGCAAAUGAGUCUUUUUCCAAGAAUGUCUGUAAUACUUCCUUCAUGAUCUGAAGUGUAAGGAAUUCCUCUGAUCAGUAGUUACUAGAGGCAGUGGUGCAGUUGUAGUAGAGGAGUCAGACCUUCCCAUUGUCUCCCUCCUCUGCUGUGCCUGUUGCUCCUAAAGGAAAGGCACAGCUCUGCUGCUGAAGACAGCCCAAACCUAUGUGUAUGGGAGCUGAAGAUAUUGUCACAUACCCAGGGAGCUGAGAGCCUGCUACCAAAACUGGAUUCAUUACAGCUGUGUGGGCAUGGGCCACCAGAGCUUGAGGGAGGGGGCAGGAUUAACCAUGAGGUGACAUCUUUAUCUGUAGCCCAGACUCCCACUUCCUGAUGAGAAGUCUUGCAUCCUGGAGCUGUUACUUGUAUGCGCUUUCCCUAGCCACGAACAGGGAGGUGAUUUUGGGAAGAAAGCCCUGUUAGGUUUGUUACAGCAGCUGGAUGUCUUACACUGAAUACAACCCUCCAGUAGGGGAGGGUACUGUCCUGGCCCCUCCCACCUGUUAAGGCUGUGCUCACAAACUUUUUCUUAAAAAGGCUUAACAAAGUUGGGUGAGGCAAUCCAUACGGAAAAGCUUGCACAGGAGAUUUAAAGGCUUUGGAAGUUCCCUCACCUUUCUAGAUCUGUCAGCUCUGUGUCAACAUCAGAAUAGUUCUUUCUGAGAAUAGCAUGGUUAAUAGCCCUAAAAUCACAAAUGAAUCCCGAGACCAGGUCCCCUGCAUCCACCCUUCCUGAAACCAAAUGAUUACCAGGAAGCUCCCAGUGGUUCCACAGUGCAGGGAGUCCAGGUAAGUACAGGCACACAGUACUGCCUUGCACUGUUUUUAUUAGUGGUAUGGUACAAUGCUUCCAUGUGCUAAAACAAUACAAGACUGCCACCGUGUUGUGCACCACUACCAUGAGCCUUGGCUCCACUUCUUCAUGCAGUUGUCUUACACAGCUGGAUUGACAGGAGCUCUUAACCACCCCCACCUCCUGUUCUCCAGCUGGAAAGAACACUCCUGCCUGGCUCCUGUGCUUCAGCCUUCUGCUACCCCAAUGGCUUCCACGGGACUUGUUCCCACAUCUUCUCAUCUUCAAGAGCCCAGAGCUGGGCACAGUGUUUCAGCUGCAGUCUCAGAAGUACUGAACAGAGAGACUGCUCUUCUGGCCCCUGCUCAGCCAUGAUCUUCCAAUGGAGCCCAGCAUGUGGGUGGACACCUUCACCUUCACUCAUCCGUCAGGGCCCAGAUCAGCCUCCACAAAGCUGCUUCACCACCAUUCUCUGCCCAGGAUCCACAACUGCAUCUGCUUAGUUCAGUUCCCACAGCAGGACUUUACUGCAUGAGCUUCCUUGUCGAGUCUUCAGUUCAUGUCCACUGACUUGUUGAUUUCAGGAAAUAGAAAAUAAUCAUCCUGUUACUCAUUUAAUUUGAAAUAGUUUUACAAUAGCUAUAGAAAUUGAAAAAAACCCUGGCGAUAUGUUACAGAUCAAUGUUCAAAUCACAUCACAUAAAAUUAAUUUUCCAGUCUUCA